AUGACAUCAGACAUGAUCAUAUCAAAUAAAUACAAGAUCCACUCCUCAGGACCUGCUGCUGUUGUGUCAGUGUCUGAGUCCUGGCUCAGACCUGGGGCCUCUGUGUCUCCGAACUGCACUGUGACAGCGCCCUCUGCAGGAUGGAGCUUUCACUGGUACAGGGCUGUUCCCCACUCAAAGUCUUUCACAUAUGAGCGGCUCCCAGGGGCCAGUGUGGGCUCUGAACACAACUGCUUCAGCCUCCAGGGCCUCAACCACUCAGCAGCGUUUGUGUGUCGAGCAACAAGAGGAAGUCCCGCCUUCUUCUCUGAAUACAGCGACCCCUCCUUUGUUUGGUCUGAAGUGUUUUGGUGCGAGUCCAGAACUGGAGAAAUGAGCAACGCCAUCAACAUCUCCGCUCACAGUGAGUUUGUUACAAUCUGA